AUGGCACGCACGAUCCUGCGCAAGACUAAGAUCGUCAUCGCGGACGAAGCCACUACGAUCCUGGACUUGAGUCGGAUCAGCUCAUUCAGGAGCUCAUGCCCACCGCUUUCACCAUUUGCAAGCUCAAAAGCGCCCCCAUACAACCCAGACGGCAAGCUGCCAACGUCUCUGAAAGACUCCAUCGCAGGAGAAAACCAACAGGAGUCAGCUGAUGCCAACGCUGCAGCCCGCCCGAGAGGACUCAGUACGAAAGCCAGGUGGUUAUGGGGCACCUACAUCGUCUCGCUGUACACCCAAUUCUACGGUGCAGAACUGGUCGCAAACCCCAUCGGCAGCUGCAAUGGCGGAUCCGCUGCUAAUGCAGGAUCUCGAUGUGAACACGUUGUCCAAGCCGCAUGCACAGGCUUCGCUGUGGCGUUCGUGGCGGCAACCGUUGGAAUCGACUGCUGUGUGACCAUCCUGCACACCUUACUUCCUGCGCACCUUACUCGACGACACGACCAACGAUCACCGAAGCUGCGCGGCAAGUUUGGGGCGGCGGAAGACGACAGGCACCAGGCAUGCCCGGGCACCUACUGCAGCAUCUCUAAAGGCACGACAGGACACGGCUGA